AUGAUGAGAAAUUAUAGUACUCUACCAACUCAUGCAUUAAAGAUGGCUUUGAAGCCAAACCCUGCAAAAGCAGAACAAUAUCUAAAAAUGCAGAACGCUGUUAAAUCCCACGCAGCAGAGACAGCUAUUAUGUGGAGAAAUGUAUCUUUUUUCGUUGCAUUCCCAAUUAUUGCAUUAACUGUAUAUUCUGUUAGUGGGAUUGAAAUUGAGCAUGCACACCAUCGUAAAAAAUUGAGACAAAUUCCAGAUAAAAAUUGGCCAAUUGAAUAUGAUUUCCAAAAUGUAAGAUCUAAGCCUUAUUUUUGGGGUGAUGGUGAUAAAACAUUAUUUUGGAAUAAAGGUAUAAAUCGACAUCUUUCUGGGCCAAAAUAA